CCCGCUAAUGCGCGCCCGCCCCGCGCCCCCGCCCGCGCGGCACACCGCGACACAGCGCGACAUGCCGCGGCACGGCGCGACAUCCUUCGGCACGGCAUGCCGCGGCAUCCCGCGACACGGCACCCGUCCCGACUUGUUGGCAGGAUUAACAAACCCCACCGCGCACCGCGCUCCGCGUUCCCCGCGCCAGCUCCGCUGCCGCGCCUCCGGAGAGAGGGAAGAGACGAGAGGGGGAGGAAGAAAUAAAUAAAUGGGAGGAAAGAAAGAGCGACAGUGCGGGGGAGGAUUAAAAAUAAUUUUUUUUAAAAAAAAAAAAAGGAGAAAAAGAGAAAAAAUAAAAGAAAGCCCCCAGACCCCGCAGAGUUAAAGAAAACAAAGCCGAGCGCCCCGCGACCCCGCUCCCGGCCCGGCCCGGGGAGCGCCGAGGGCCGCCCGCGCCGCCUCCCAUUGGCUCCGCCGCCCGCUCAUUUGCAUAGCGCCGUCUAUGAAAGGCGGCGCGGUGGCGCGGGGGGCGCAGACGGUGGCGCGGGUAUCGCGGCACGUCCGCUCGGCCCCGCGCCCAUCCCGCCCGCACUGCACCGCGCCGUCGGGCUGAGCCCCGCGCCGCUGCCAUGAGCCCCCUGCGGCUGCUGGCCGCCGCCUGCCUGCUGGUCCUGUCCCGCUGCAAGACGGUGAGGUAUCGCACCGACGAGGAGGGCGCGCCGGGCACGGUGAUCGGUACUCUGGCCGACGAGAUGCCGGUGAAGGCGCCGGGGGAGAUGAGCUUUCGCCUGAUGCGGCAGUUCAGCAACAGUUCGCUGGUGCGGGUGCGGGAGGAGGACGGGCAGCUGAGCAUCGGUGAGGCGGGGCUGGACCGGGAGAGGCUGUGCGGCCAAGCCCCCCAGUGUGUCCUGGCCUUCGACGUGGUGAGCUGCUGGCGGGAGCGCUACCGCCUGGUGCACGUGGAGCUGGAGGUGCGUGACAUCAAUGACAACGCACCGCGCUUCCCCCAUGCCCAGAUGGCGCUGGAGGUGUCCGAGAGUGCUGCGCCCGGCACUCGACUCCCGCUGGAGGUGGCUGUGGAUGAGGACGUGGGCUCCAAUUCCAUCCAGAGCUUCCAGGUGUCCCUCAACAGCCACUUCGGUGUGGAGGCACAGACAAGGGCAGAUGGGGCACGCUGUGCUGACCUGGUGCUGCUCCAGGAGCUGGACCGUGAGCGCCAGCCCUCCUACACCCUGGAGCUGGUGGCCAAGGAUGGUGGCAGCCCAGCACGCUCGGGCACAGCCACCGUGCACGUCCGUGUCCUCGACGCCAAUGACAACAGUCCAACCUUUGCCCAGAGCUCAGUCACGGUCGAGUUGCCUGAGGAUGCACCGCCUGGCUCCCUGCUGCUCGAUCUGGAUGCUGCUGACCCUGAUGAGGGCCCCAAUGGUGAGGUGGUGUAUGCCUUCAGCAGCCAGGUGCCCCCCGAGGCACGGCGGCUCUUCCGCCUCGACCCGCGCUCGGGCCACCUCACAUUGGAGGCUGCCGUGGACUACGAGCGCACCCGCACCUACGAGCUGGAUGUGCGUGCCCAGGACCGCGGUGCCAGCCCCCGUGCUGCCACCUGCACCGUUGUUGUGCGCCUCACCGACGUAAACGACAACGCUCCACGCAUCAGCAUCAGUGCCCUCCGUGGCGCUGCCAGUGCUGCUGGCGUGGCCUACGUCAGCGAGGCAGCAGCCACUGAGAGCUUCGUGGCCCUCGUCAGUGCCACAGACCGCGACUCGGGCGCCAACGGGCAGGUGCGCUGCAGCCUGCGUGGCCACGACCACUUCGCCCUGCAGCGAGCCUACGAGGACAGCUACAUGAUUGUCACCACAGCAGCACUGGACCGCGAGCGCAUCCCUGAGUACAACCUCACCGUGGUGGCUGAGGACCUGGGCUCACCACCCUUCAAGACCGUCCGCCAGUACACAGUGCGCGUGAGUGAUGAGAAUGACAACGCGCCGCUCUUCGCCAAGCCCCUCUACGAGGUGGCUCUACCAGAGAACAACCCCCCGGGUGCCUAUAUCACCACAGUGGUGGCUCGUGACCCUGAUCUUGGCCACAAUGGUAAGGUCACCUACCGGCUCCUGGAAACACAGGUCAUGGGGGCCCCCAUCUCCACAUACGUCUCGGUGGACCCUGCUACCGGGGCCAUCUAUGCCCUCAGGACAUUCAACUAUGAGAUCCUCAAGCAGUUGGACCUGAGGAUCCAGGCCACUGAUGGUGGCUCCCCGCAGCUCUCCAGCAGCACCCUUGUCAAAGUGAGAAUGGUGGACCAGAAUGACAACCCUCCCAUCAUCAUCCACCCGGUGCUCACCAAUGGGACUGUGGAAAUCGGUGUGUCCAGCAAGACCUCUCGUGAUUCCCUGGUGGCCCAAAUCAAAGCUCGAGAUGCUGAUGAUGGCGCCAAUGCCGAGCUCACCUUUGCCUUCCUGGAAGAGUCCCAGCAGGACCUUUUCACCAUCAACCCAAGUACUGGGGACAUUGUGCUGAGGGGUGACCUCUCUGAAGAGCUGGGACAGCUGUUCAAGGUCAUCCUCACUGUGACAGACAAUGGCAGACCUCCCCUGGCCACAACUGCCACAGUCAACUUCCUGGUGACCGCCACUGCUCCGUCCAGUUUCCAAGACAUAGCCAAGCCCAGCUCCUGGGAAGGAAAGGCUUUGCAGUGGGACAUCCCUCUGAUCGUAAUCAUUGUCCUGGCAGGCAGCUGCACCCUCCUCCUGGUGGCUAUAAUCACCAUUGCCACUACCUGCAACAGACGCAAGAAGGCGAACAACAUCAAAAACAACACUGCCUUGAAGGACCAAAUAGACAUCUCCCACCUGGAGAAGGGCCAUCAGGAGGAGGGCAGCCAGAGGGGGAACAUGUUUGAGGUACGAACCUUUCCCAGCAAAACCCCUUUCACCAGCCCCGACCUCUCUCCAGCUGCUGAAGAGAUCUCCACCACUGAGAGUGGCAGCGACAGCACUUGCCUCUACGAGGGUCAGAAGAGGCUCAGGGGACAGAGUGGGGAGGGUUUUGCUGCCACUCCGAGCUACAAUAAGGAGCCUGCUCCCCCCGUGGCCAUUUGGAAGGGACACUCGUUCAACACCAUCUCCGGCCGGGAGGCAGAGAAGUUCAGUGGCAAAGACAGCGGCAAAGGCGACAGUGAUUUUAACGACAGCGACUCAGAUAUCAGCGGAGAUGCCCUGAAGAAAGAUCUCAUCACACACAUGCAGAACGGUCUGUGGGCAUGCACAGCUGAAUGCAAGAUUCUGGGGCACUCUGACCGCUGCUGGAGCCCCUCCUGUAGCCGAGCCAACCCUCACCCCUCUCCACAUCCUUCAGCACCCCUCACCACCUUCUGCAAGAGCACGUCCUUGCCCAGGGAUCCCCUUCGCAGGGACAACUUUUAUCAAGCCCAGCUGCCCAAAACAGUCGGGCUUCAGAGCGUCUAUGAGAAGGUGCUGCACAGGGACUUUGACCGGACAAUCACACUCUUCUCCCCACCACGCCCUGCACGGCUCCCCGACCUUCAGGAGAUUGGGGUGCCCCUCUUCCCAGCCCCCUCGACUAGAUAUCUGGGCCCCCAGACUGAGACGACUGAGAAGGUGUAG